AUGGGUGUGAGCCAUGACAACGAUCACCCGUCCUGCGCCAACAGCCUGCACAUAAUGUCGGGCGAGUGGAUCAAAGGGCAGAAUCUGGGCGAUGUUUCCUGGUCUCGCUGCAGCCGUGAAGACGUGGAGAGGUUCUUGAGGUCCAAAUCCAGCAGCUGUCUUUUGCAGACAGACCCCCUAAGUCUGAAUUCCGUGAUCUUGCCAUCCAAACUCCCAGGCAUGUCCUACACUGCAGAUGAGCAGUGUCAGAUCCUCUUUGGGCCAACAGCAUCUCACUGCAAGAGCAUGCAGCACGCAAUGUGUUCUGGCCUCUGGUGUCGUGUUGAUGGAGAGCAGGAGUGUAAAACCAAGCUGGACCCACCCAUGGACGGCACUGAGUGUGACACGGGAAAGUGGUGCCGAGCCGGGGAGUGUGCGAGUGGGACGGCGCAGCCGGUGAACACCAUAGGCCAGUGGAGUGCCUGGGGCCCAUGGGGGCCCUGCAGUCGAACCUGCGGCACGGGGAUCGAUACCCGGCAGCGCAAGUGUGAGAGCCCAAGAUCCAGCAGGAUAGUAUGGGACUGCAUGGGGCCAACGAUACAACAGAAGCUGUGCGAGAACCUCCCCUGUUCACCCGGGCUGCCUGGCUUCAGGGACUUACAGUGCCAGACAUUCAACCGGCCAUCGCUCCGCUGGUACGCCGUCAUGGAUGAUGAGAGGCCGUGCACCCUCUUUUGCUCCACAUCUGGGAAGGAGCAGCCCGUCCUGCUUGCAGACAAGGUCCUGGAUGGAACCCGGUGCGGCCCGCAGGAGUCCGGCGUUUGUGCCAACGGGACUUGUCAGAAAGUGGGCUGUGAUGCCAUCCUGGGGUCCCUGGCCAGCGAGGACCACUGUGGAGUUUGCAAUGGGAAUGGCAAGUCCUGCAAGGUCAUAAAAGGUGACUUCAACCAGACCCUUGGACCAGGCUAUGUAGAGGCGGUGGUCAUUCCCACUGGGGCUCGGAGGAUCAGAGUCGUAGAGAAGAAGCCCACUCAGAGCUACCUCGCUCUCAAAGAUGCCAGCAAGCAAUCGAUUAACAGCAACUGGAAAAUCGAGCUUCCGGGCACUUUCAACAUCGCCGGGACGACGGUACACUAUGUCAGAAGGGGUCUGUGGGAGAAGAUGUCUGCCAAAGGUCCCACCACUUCCCCACUGCAUCUUAUGGUGCUGCUCUUCACCAACCAGAGUUGCGGGAUCCACUAUGAAUACACCAUCCCAGUUGAGGCGUCCUUGGUGGGGCGGGCCAGCGAGCCUCUCUAUAUGUGGACCCACUCCGGUUGGGAAGACUGCCAUGCUGUGUGUGGAGGAGGAGAAAGGAGGACCAUGGUGACCUGCACUGAGAUUGUCAACAAGACAACGAGCGUGGUGGACAGCCGGAAGUGCAGCCACCUGACGAGACCAGAGCCACAAGUACGCAAGUGCAAUGAGCAGCCCUGCCAGACCAGGUGGAUGAUGACAGAGUGGACAUCCUGCUCGAGGACCUGUGGGAAGGGUUCCCAGAGCCGGCAAGUGGCCUGCACCCUGCAGCUACGCAACGGUACCCUAGUAAAGGCCAAGGAACGGGACUGCAUGGGCCCCAAGCCCGCGACCAGUCAGCGGUGCGAGGGCCAGGAUUGCCUGACCGUGUGGGAGGCUGGCGUGUGGUCUGAGUGCUCAGUGAAGUGCGGCAGAGGGGCUCGGCACCGGCCUGUGAAAUGCACCAACCCGCGGCGCAAAUGUGACCUGUCAACUGUGCCGCGCGAGGUGGAGGACUGCGAGGACUACUCCAAGUGCUACGUCUGGAGGACUGGAGACUGGGCCAAGUGCUCUGUUACCUGUGGCAAAGGCAUGCAGUCGCGUGUCAUCCAGUGCAUGCACAAGAUCACGGGGCGCCACGGAAACGAGUGCUUCUCAUCCGAAAAGCCGGCGGCGUACCGGCCGUGCCACCUGCAGCCUUGCAACGAGCGCGUCAAUGUCAACACCAUCACUUCGCCGCGCCUCGCCGCCUUGACAUUCAAGUGCCUUGGGGACCAGUGGCCGGUGUACUGCAAGGUGGUCCGGGAGAAGAACCUGUGCCAGGACAUGCGAUGGUACCAGCGCUGCUGCGAGACCUGCAGGGACUUUUACGCUCAGAAGAUGCAGCUGAGAAGUUGACACCACCAGAGAAGGACGGUUUCACUUUAUUUAUACCAAGUGCACUUAUUAAAAAAAAAAAAAAAAAAGUACAUAUGUCAAGCAAACUCAUCUGUUUCCAACUUAUUUAAUCGUUGUAAUUUAUUUUUUUGGUAUUCUGCUGAUUGUGCCUAUUAGUAAUGAACGCUUUCUGAUGAAGACUCUCUAAUAGUUUUGUUUCUGGCAUACCUCCUCAAGGAGAACAGGUGCUGUACCUUACAUGCAGUAAAUGCAGCUAUAAGCAGCAGUUUACAUUGCAAUGGGAUUCUGGGUUGGAAUCGCUCAACUUGCUCAUUCAUCAGGGUGUAAGAACCCAAUACCUUCUGCCUAAAAGAUCUGGUAUUUGUAGGGCCUUGACUGCUUCCUCUUUCUUUUGUUCUGUCUGCUGGUCUUACAGCACCUUUGCAUGACAACAGUAGACGCUACAUCACACCGGUUUUAUUUUCACUGUAAAAUUCCAAUAUUCUUUGUAACUUUUAGUUUAAGUAUUACAUAAAAGGCUAGUUGUGCUGUCUGCAGUUUUAGGGCAGAUGGAUAAGGGUUUAAUUAAAUGUAGAGUCAUCCCCUACUGGAUAAUAUCUGUGCCUUUUUAACUGCUCCAUCCUUUGUGUCUAAAAUGACAGUAAAGUCAGUGAAACAGUGGUAUUUAAAAAGUAAUUGGUAUAACAAUUUACAGUACACUGGUUCCUCAUACUGCAACGCUGAAUUGGACAAGGGUUUAUAGGCAGUGAGUGACUGUUAGCUGCACGGUGUGUUGCUGAUUUUUUUAAGAUAAAAUGUUCUUUUAUUUCUUAAUUUUCACAUUUACCUGAUGCUUUUCUCUAAAGUGAUUUAUAUUACUGAGCUAUUCACAAUUGUUUACCCUUUCAUAUGGCUAGACAAUUUUUUCCCCCGAAGAAAUUCGGGGUAUUAAAAAUACAAUACUUGGUAGGAUUUCAACCUCCUACCUGGAGGGCCAAAGGCAGCAGCUCAAAUCACUACACUACCAGCUGCCCCCAUGGUUUUUAAUGACAUUUUUAUUACUUGUCUUUUAUUCAGUGUGGUGGUGGUGGUGAAAGUGGCUGAGCUGGUGAACAAUUUUAAAUUAGAAAGAGACUUCUGGCUCCAAUUGUGGUGGUAAGUUGAGGAGUCAGUGUAUUUCAAUAAAUGAGUAAAUCACACAGAGCCGACCAGGUCACAUCCCUGCUCUGAAUUCAUCAGUGCAACAACAAUAAUAACUCUAUUAUCAUUAUUCUAAUAAUAAAUUCCAUCAAAUUCUAUCAGAAUGUGUCAAAAAUAUGACCGCUUAACAGUGCAAAUGUACGAUAUUUCGGACUGGAGGGGCUGAAAAAAGUGCCUUCUGGGGUCCAGCAUCUGACUG